GAUUCAAACUGGUAUCUCUUCAAUGAUGAAAAGGUGGCUAUAUCUCAGAAUCCACCAAAAUUAUUGGGUUAUGUCUACUUAUACGAACGAUGUUAUGAACCCGAAGUGUCCGAGGAGACUGAAGUCUCUGAGGAGACCGAAGUGCCCGAGGAGACUGAAGUGCCCGAAGAGACCGAAGUGCCCGAAGAGACCGAAGUGACCCUGUGUGAAGAUUAA